AAAGGUCUUUUGUCACUUACUUCCAACAUAUCAGGGCCAUGCAUCAUUAAAUCUGCAAUCAUAUUCUCUUCCUCCAGUACCAAAAUCCCUCAACGUUUCAACCUAACAAUCAUCAUCAAUUGAUCUAUUUCUCUUCAGUUUUGCAGGUCUUAUUUUGCAGAAAAACAAAAUGAAAUUGAUAAUGUAGAAGCAGCUGGUUUAAUUUAAGUAGGGGAAGAUGGUUUUUAAGCCCCUAGUUACAUUUUGUCGUCCAGUGGAAAAAGGCGUAUGGGCAACCGCAGUGGAAAAUGAAUUCGGGCCUUACACACCCUGUGCAACGGAUUCUUUGGUCACUGGCAUCUCCCAUCUGGCCAUUCUGGGAGUUUGCAUAUACAGGAUAUGGGUCACAAAGAAGAAUAUGAAAGUGCAAAGGUUCAAAAUAAGGUCAAAUAUCUAUAAUUAUUGGCUCGGGUUAUUGGCUUUUUACUCUGCUGGUGAGCCGUUGUUUAGAUUGAUAAUGGGCAUUUCGGCUUUUAAUGUUGAUGGAGAAACUGGUCUUGCUCCAUAUGAGAUUGUUACCUUAGUUAUUAAGGCUCUUGCAUGGUGUUGUAUGUUGAUCAUGAUCAGUCUUGAAACAAUGGUUUAUGUUUAUGAAGUUCGUUGGUUUGUGAGGUUCAGUCUCAUUUAUGCUUUGCUCGGGGAUGCAGUGGUGUUCGGUCUUGUUCUUUCUGUGAGCAAAUACUACACCAGAUAUGUUCUGUAUCUCUUUGUCAGUGAGGUGGCCAUACAGGUUCUGUUUGGGCUAUGCUUAUUUGUCUAUCUUCCUACUUUGGAUCCUUAUCUGGGUUAUACCCCGAUACGGGCUGAGUCUUUGGAUGAUGCUGAAUAUGAAGAACUUGCUGAUGGGGAGCAAAUUUGUCCCGAGAGGCAUACCAACAUUAUUUCUAGUAUCUUCUUCUCAUGGAUGGAUCCACUCAUGUCUUUGGGAUACAAAAGACCUCUUACAGAAAAGGAUAUAUGGAAACUUGACACCUGGGACCAGACAGAAACACUAAACAACAAAUUUCAAUCAUGUUGGGCAGACGAGGUCCGUAAACCUAAACCAUGGCUUUUAAGGGCCUUACAUCGUAGUCUUGGAGGAAGGUUUUGGUGGGGAGGCUUUUGGAAGAUCGGCAAUGAUCUUUCUCAAUUUGUUGGGCCACUGAUUCUGAACCAACUGUUAUUGGCUAUGCAAGAAGGUGGUCCGGCUCAGAUUGGUUACAUCUAUGCUUUCUUAAUUUUUGUUGGAGUGGUACUUGGUGUGCUAUUUGAGGCUCAAUAUUUUCAGAAUGUGAUGCGUGUUGGAUACCGCCUUCGUUCGACUCUGAUUGCUGCAGUUUUCCGGAAGGCUUUAAAGCUAACUAACGAGAGUCGCAGAAAUAUUGCAUCCGGGAAGAUUACCAACUUGAUGACAACCGAUUCUGAAUCCCUCCAGCAAGUAGCCGAGUCACUUCACAAUUUAUGGUCUGCCCCUUUCCGUAUCAUUAUUGCUUUAGUUCUUCUCUACCAACAAUUGGGUGUCGCCUCAAUUCUUGGUUCAUUAUUGCUAGUUCUCAUGUUCCCCAUACAGGUACAAAGAUAUUCAUUCAUACAUACAUACAUUUUAAUAUAUCUACUGUUCAUUCUAAAACUGUUUAUAUUUUGGAAACAGACUUUGGUUAUCAGUAAUAUGCAAAAAAUGUCAAAGGAAGGACUGCAGCGAACUGACAAGAGAAUCGGUCUCAUGAAUGAAGUCUUGGCAGCCAUGGACACUGUCAAAUGCUAUGCUUGGGAAAAUAGUUUCCAAGAAAAGGUCCAAAGCAUUAGAACUGAAGAGUUAUCAUGGUUUUGGAAAGUACAAAUGCUAGGAGCGUUGAAUACAUUUAUAUUAAAUAGUAUUCCAGUGGUGGUGAUUGUGGUUUCAUUUGGGUUGUUUACAUUACUUGGAGGAGAGUUGACACCUGCUAGAGCCUUCACAUCACUCUCUUUGUUUGCCGUACUACGUUUUCCGCUCUACAAUCUUCCAAGUGUUUUGAGUCAGGUCGUAAAUGCCAAUGUGUCGUUGAAACGUUUGGAAGACCUACUUUUAGCUGAGGAGAGACUUCUUCUUCCAAAUCCGCCUCUUGAACCCGGCCUUCCGGCUAUCUCAAUUAAGAAUGGAUUCUUUUCAUGGGAUUCAAAGUCAGAUAAACCUACAUUGUCAAAUAUAAACUUAGAUAUACCAACGGGUAGUCUGGUGGCGAUUGUUGGAAGUACAGGGCAGGGAAAGACGUCACUCGCAUCUGCCAUGCUUGGAGAACUUCCACCAGUUAGUGAUGCACAUGUUGUUAUCAGAGGAACAGUUGCUUAUGUCCCACAAGUCUCGUGGAUUUUCAAUGCAACGAUACGCGACAACAUAUUGUUUGGAAUCCCCUUUGAAUCUGCAAAGUAUGAGAAGACACUAGAUGUAACUUCAUUGCGCCAUGACAUGGAAUUGCUUCCCGGCGGUGACCUUACUGAGAUUGGUGAAAGAGGGGUGAAUAUCAGUGGAGGACAAAAGCAAAGAGUUUCCAUGGCUAGAGCUGUAUACUCUAGCUCAGAUGUAUAUGUGUUUGAUGAUCCUUUAAGUGCUCUUGACGCUCAUGUGGGCAGACAGAUUUUUGAGAAAUGUAUCAAAGAAGAAUUAAGAGGAAAAACACGCGUUCUAGUUACAAAUCAGUUACAUUUUCUUUCACAAGUAGAUAAGAUCUUGUUGGUCCAUGAAGGCAUGGUGAAAGAGGAGGGAUCGUAUGAGGAACUCUCGCAGAACGGUGUACUCUUCCAGAAGUUAAUGGAAAAUGCAGGAAAAAUGGAAGAAUAUGUGGAAGAAAAAGAAGCAACUGGAGAUUCGGAUUCAAAGACGUCAAAACCUGUUACUAAGAGUGAGUUAGUUAAAGAUUCUGACAAAAAGAAAAAAACCAAAUAUGUUCUUAUCAAGCAAGAGGAACGGGAAACAGGUGUUGUCAACUUCAGUGUCUUAAAAAGGUAUAAAGAUGCAUUAGGAGGGUGGUGGGUUGUGGGUAUACUGUUUGGAUGCUAUGCAGCAACGGAAACUUUAAGAAUACUGAGUAGCACAUGGUUAAGUAUUUGGACAGAUGAAAGCACUCCAAAGACCUACAGUCCACUGUUCUACAAUAUUAUCUAUGCACUUCUAUCACUUGGUCAAGUUUUGGUGACGUUAGGGAAUUCUUAUUGGUUGAUCAUGACAAGUCUUUAUGCAGCUAGAAAGUUGCACGUUGCUAUGCUUAACUCCAUAUUGAGGGCUCCUAUGGUCUUUUUCCACACCAACCCACUUGGACGUAUUAUUAACAGAUUUGCAAAAGAUCUUGGUGAUAUAGAUCGAAACGUUGCUCCAUUCGUCAACUUGUUUUUGGGCCAAGUAGCACAACUCUUGUCAACCUUUGUUCUCAUAGGAUUAGUGAGCACCAUGUCUCUUUGGGCUAUCUUGCCACUUUUAUUGCUCUUCUAUGCAGCUUAUCUGUACUAUCAGAGCACUGCUCGUGAGGUAAAGCGAAUGGAUUCCAUCGCAAGAUCUCCCGUGUAUGCACAAUUUGGGGAAGCACUGAACGGUCUAUCAACCAUCCGUGCAUAUAAAGCCUAUGAUCGGAUGGCCAAGAUUAAUGGGAGUUCCAUGGACAAUAGCAUCAGGUUCACAUUAGUCAACAUGAGCGCAAACCGUUGGCUUGCCAUCCGAUUAGAAACGGUAGGGGGUCUCAUGAUUUGGUUAACCGCAACUUUUGCUGUUAUGCAAAAUGGCAAAGCAAGAAAUCAAGAAGCAUUUGCAUCCACCAUGGGUCUACUUCUAAGUUAUGCAUUAGACAUCACAAGUUUAUUAACAGCUGUCCUUAGACUUGCAAGUAUAGCUGAAAAUAGCAUGAAUGCUGUUGAACGUGUCGGUACAUAUAUUGACUUGCCUUCUGAGGCUCCUUCUAUAAUUGAAGAUAACCGUCCGCCACCUGGCUGGCCUGCAUCAGGAUCUAUAAAGUUUGAAAAUGUAGUUUUACGGUAUAGGCUUGAACUUCCUCCUGUGCUACAUGAUUUGACUUUCUUUAUUCCUUCGAGUGAUAAGAUAGGAAUAGUGGGGAGAACAGGAGCUGGGAAAUCCAGCAUUAUCAAUGCUUUGUUUCGGAUUGUGGAAUUGGAAAGUGGAAGAAUUAUUAUCGAUGAUUGUAACAUCGCAAAGUUGGGGUUGACCGAUCUUCGCAAGGUUCUUGGUAUUAUACCUCAAGCGCCUGUUCUGUUCUCAGGGACUGUGAGAUUUAACCUCGAUCCUUUCAACGAGCACAACGAUCCUGAUCUUUGGGAAUCUUUAGAGAGGGCCCAUCUUAAGGAUGUUAUUAGGAGGAAUCCAUUGGGUUUAUAUGCUGAGGUGUCAGAGGCUGGAGAGAAUUUCAGUGUUGGACAACGACAGUUAUUAAGUCUUUCACGUGCAUUGCUCAGGAGAUCAAAGAUUCUUGUUCUUGAUGAAGCAACUGCCGCUGUUGAUGUUAGAACAGAUGCACUUAUCCAAAAGACCAUCCGUGAAGAAUUCAAGUCAUGUACUAUGAUCAUUAUUGCUCACCGUCUAAAUACGAUUAUUGAUUGUGACCGUAUUCUUCUGCUUGAUGCUGGUCAGGUUGUUGAGUACGAAGCCCCGGUAAAACUUCUGCAAGAUGAACACACUUUGUUCUCUAAAAUGGUUCAAAGUACAGGGGCUGCAAAUGCGCAAUAUCUACGUGACUUAGCAUUCGGAGCAGAAGAAGAGAGGGCAGAGAGGGUGGCAAGAGAUGGUCAAAGGAGGUGGCUUGCCUCCACACGGUGGGCGGCUGCAACCCAAUUCGCACUAGCCUCUAGCCUCGCUUCAUCUCAAAACGACCUCAUGCAAAUAGAAACCAAAGAUGAUAACAAUAUCCUCAAGAAAACAAAAGAUGCAGUUGCAACUCUUCAGGGUGUUUUGAAAGGUGAACAUGAUAAAGAUAUUGAAGAGUCACUUGAACGGACCCACGUCGCGAGGGAGAGAUGGUGGUCAGCUCUCUAUAAAGUAGUCGAAGGUCUUUCAAUGAUGGGCAAGUUGGGUCGUAACAAGCUCCGGCUAUCAGAAUACGGCUUAAAAGAUGAACGGAUCGAUUGGGACCAUGUUCAGAUGUAGGAUACUUGCUGCUCAAGUUAAGAUCCAUGUUGGUUUAUUAUGGAAACCAUUGGCGGUAAUUCCCGACUCAUCACAAGUCGGUGAUGGGAAAGGGUGACAAAGGAGUUCAAGUCACAAGUCGGUGAACUUGAGGGAUCAAUGUUGACAAAUUGGUCAUAGUUGGUUAAGUUUCCUAAUUAUUUUAUAAUUAUAUUUGGUAAUGUCUUGGUAACCAAGUUACGGUUAGCCUAGAUAAACCAAGUUAGGGUUAGACAUUAUUAAGAGAAGAUAAACCAAGUUAUGGUUAGUUUUUGAGUUAUAUUUUCUUGGUUAUAAUAAAAGUUCUGAGCUAUUCCAUUC